GGCCGAGAACAGCAGCUCCGUUUGUAUUUGGUUGGUGAGUCGGGCAGCGUCCUAACGUAAUGAGAGAUUAGUUUGUGCAAUCCGUUUGUUACACAAAUCCGGACAAUAUAAACUUCUGCUCUGAAUACACCCCCUCGGAGAUAACAUGUUUUAAUCGCUCCCUGACGUGCAGUUAGCUCUCCUAUCCCCAUCAUCCUGACACAAACAGACAUGGUAGAGCCAACACCACGCAAGUUUGCAUCUCUGGCAGAGGAGCUGGGCUUCUGGAAGGAGCAGGCAGUGAGACAUCAGCAAAGGGCGGAUGAGGCUCAGGAGGAGCUGCAGGAGUUCCAGCAGAUGAGUCGAGACUAUGAAGCCGAGCUGGAAACAGAGCUGAAGCAGUGUGAGGGUCGAAACAAGGAGCUGCUUUUGGACAACAACCGACUCUGUAUGGAGCUGGAGAACUUAAAGGAGAAAUUUGAGACUCAGCAUUCAGAUGCUUUUAGGCACAUCUCAACCCUGGAGGAAGAUCUGGCACAAACCAGAGCAGUGAGAGAUCACCUGCAGAAAUAUAUCAGAGAGCUCGAACAGUCCAACGACGACCUGGAGAGGACUAAAAGGGCUACCAUCAUGUCUCUGGAGGACUUUGAGCAGCGAAUGAACCACGUCAUUGAGAGGAAUGCUUUUCUUGAGAGCGAGCUGGAUGAGAAAGAGAAUCUGCUCGAGUCUGUUCAGAGGCUCAAAGAUGAAGCCAGGGACCUUCGCCAGGAGCUGGCUGUGCGUCAGAAGGAAAGACGACCGUCUAGCAGCCUGGGCAAAGACACAGAUCGAGUGGAUCUACAAUGUCCCUCAGCUGGUAACCCAUCCAUCCCCAUCACACCCUCCAAACCAAUCAGCUCAUUUGCCACGCCCCCUUUAUCCAGUAUCCGACGAGGUGAUGGUCUAACGGGGACUCCCCUCACUACGUCUGCUAGAAUAUCUGCACUCAACAUUGUCGGGGAGCUGCUGAGAAAAGUUGGGAAUCUGGAGUCAAAGUUGGCGUCCUGUCGAGACUUUGUGUACGACACGUCUGUCAGCAGACCGGCACUUCCGGCUGGCCCUGGUAGUCCUUCUGGUUUAGAAAGAGGCCCUGAGGUCCAAGCCACCAGCAUGAGCCCCCCUCCUCAGUACGAAAGUCUAGUGAAGCGGUUAGAGUUUGGACCAGCUCCUCCAAGAGGAGUCUCCCAGGGUGCCCAGUCUCCACAGGGAGGGGUCAAGAUUCUGCUAUGAGAGGAGAAAGGAGGGCAGACCACCUCCCACCACCUCCUCCCCAAUCUUCAAUAACUUGACACAGACCCCCUGUUCUGUCUCCCCCUCCAUUAAAUGAACUCCAGCAAUGGGAAUUUGAGCUGUCUUCCGUUGCCAUCACGAGCCCUGCUGUACUAUUUGAACAAGACAGCCCACUCUCCUUCCUCCAGUGCCCCACAUAAUCAGUGCAUGGACUUCUGCUGCCUCAGGCUAGUAUCACACCAUAGCAGCUCUCAUAGGAAGCAGCACGACAGCUUAAAAUCGAAGAAUGAGGACUGUACUGCGCACACUGUAUCAUCUAUUGUAUCUUUGACACUGUGGUGGGUAGCAUCUGAAGGCAAUCCUUCUGUGUCUUCUGAUUUGCUUUCCGUGGUGGGUCAGGAACAACAGGGCUGUUCAAACACACAUUUAGGGUUGUUGCCGCACUUUGCCCGUCAAUCAUUACAUUAGUAACAGCCACUAGAUAGUACCCCGAUUUUGGGACCAAGAAACUGGAGUGUGAUUUAUAAAAAGGGUUGAUAGUAUAAAUUAUUAUAAGUCUGAACCAAAGUGUUGAUAAACUUGAUGAAAAAUGGAUCAAACAUAAAAGUAAUAAGGUAGUUUUUUUUUCUGUAUGAAUCUGAAAAACAUGAAUAAGUCUGUUCUUUAUUCUCUCGACUAUGGGCUCAAACAAUGUAGCACUGAACAACGCCCAAGUGAAUAACCUCUCUUGUAGAGAAGUGAGAUAUCAUUGGUUGAAAAUAGAAGAAAAAGAUGUUUGAAUAAUGUUUCAAAGCUGAGUCCAUAAUUAGUUUUUCUUUGUCUAGAAGAGAUUCAAUAAUGAAAAGUUAAGAAUCAGUUAGUCGCUGCCAGGAACUGGUGUUAGUAUUUUAGCCAUCGCUGCCUUCAUCGAUGUCGUUAUUACCUCUUCAGUUUUUUAGGCCUUGCUUUGUUGCAAGAGUUCAAACUGGGUUAAGCAUUCUUAAUGCUGCCAGAUUCCUAGAAAGGAGGCACUAUCACUUUACUUCAGGCUAAAUCUUGCAUUGUUUCAAUUCAGUUUGACACAGCUGCCCACUCCCAUACUGCCAUUGCACAGACUUGUUUUAGCAGACAUCAUUUUCUGUUAUGCAACGCUUCUGAAACUGACAUAGCAAUAGGUUUUCUGCCUCAGAGAUGAGAUGUUAAUUUGCCAUGCUGCAGAUGUACUCUCUAGUGUUACGAAUAACUUUUAUACUGAUUUUUAGUUGAGUGUAGAAGUAAGAUUGGCAAUUGUUAACUACUGAAUGUACAGUAAUAAUUCCCUAAUAGGUGUGAGACCUCUUGUCUGCUGUCAAGAGUUAUAUAGUGGGCCAAAAGGUUAAAAAUACCAAGCAAUAAUAGAUUUUAACAGGUCAAAGAUAAGCACAGUUCAUAGUAUAUUUGUGUAGGUAUAUAGAGCCUAUAUUAAAAACCCAUUUCCUGCCUUUUAGUGAGAGACAAAUGGGGAAAAUAGUGAUAAACUGAAAUGUUUCUGGUUAAUCUUGAUUUGUCAUUACUGCCAUCCAGCAGCUCAUCAAGCAAAUAUUACAGUGCAUAUCUAAAUAUCGUGUUUAUACAGUGGUCGUCACUGCAUACCGCAGCGUAGCCUAUGUGUAGGGAUUAACGUGUGGAUCGUACAUAUCAGAACUGGAUAUCCUGCUACUCUUUGCUGUUUAACCUUCCUAACACGAGCUAACUGUAAUCGUUAUCCAUGACCACUGUGUACUUGGUGUUUGUUUGUAUGCAGCACCGCCGCAACUGCUUCUGUGUUUGGAUUUUAAACUGUAUGUGCCUGAGGUACUAUACCCAACUUUGAUCCUGAUGGUUUGCAGUUGUUGUUGUUUUUCUAUUGAUCUGAACAGAAUAACGAUGUGUUGUGAUGAGUUACUGACCAAGACAGAAACAUUAAAAGGAGAAAAAUCAAA